CGAAUUAUUAUUAUGGGUACUGCUGGAACCAGCAAAUCUUACCUAAUAAAUAUCAUUCGGGAAAGGUUGCAAGAAAGUAGCAUUGUACUUGCUUCAACAGGCGUUGCAGCCUUUAAUAUUCAGGGUAGUACUAUACAUUCAGCGCUUUCCAUUAUAUUAAAAUUGGAGCAGUUCAUACGGGUGGCUUUGAAGCUUCGAAGGCUGAUUCAAAUACAGCAAAAAAUCUUGAUUCUGGAAUAUUAUUAGCAAGAAACGCACGUAUUAUGCUCACUGCAAAUCUUUGGGUUGCCACUGGAAUUGUAAAUGGUAUCAUGGGAAUAAUAACAGAUAUAUUAUAUAAGAAAAACCUGAGCACACAUAGCGGAAGAAAAAAGGCUAGCUGAAAUGGAA